ACCACCAGGGGGCGAUACAAAAACAGCCCCCAACGUUCAACCUGGCGACUUUUAUUGUGAAAUCCGGAAACUGUACGUGCCCCGGAAGCAUUGUUGGUUAUUGUAGGAAGUUUUCCGCCAGAAAAGCGACGCUGGUUUAACUGAGGGACGAAAAGUCGGGAAGGAGAACGGUAUGGACUCUCCAGGCAGAAGUCGAAGUCCCAGUCCUGCGCAGAGAAAACAUAGUGGAACUUCAGAGGACGAGUCCAGUCCAGCAGCAGAAAGACCCCAAAAGGCCGGCUCGGUAGAGAGAAGCCCAAAAGAGGGAGCGUCCCCUCAGGCCAGUCCUGCAGGACGCAGCCCCUCCAGGAGCCCCGCCUCUAGCAGCUCGGACAGCAGCAGCAGCAGCAGUGAUGAUGAGGAUGAACAUAAUGGGGCACUGAGGAAGAUUAGGAGCAGCGUGGCCCAGAUCAAAAGGUCCAGGUCCAGGUCCAGGUCCAGGUCCAGAGAGCAAGACAGAUCCAAGUCCAGAGAGAGAGAUGCGUCCAGAUCCAGGUCCAAAUCCAGAGAAGAAGACAGAUCCAGGUCCAGAGAGAGGGACAGAUCCCGAGGAAGAGACAGAUCAAGGUCCAGAGGAAGAGAAAGAUCCCGGUCCAGAGGACGAGACAGGUCCAGGUCCAGGGGACGAGACAGAUCCAGGUCCAGAGAGAGAGAGCGUGACCGGGAGCGCUACGACAGAGGACGAUAUGCUAGAGAUCGCUAUGACGAUCGCUAUGACGAUCGCCGUGACAACAGGAACGGGCGUUUUGACCGGCGGGGCAAUCGGGAUGCAGAGUCCGAUUACAGGAGACGUGGCCGCUCCGCCUCCUCGCCGAGAGAAGGAGAGCCGGCGGUGGCCAACGAGCCGCCGGUCAAGAAGAAGAAGGAGGAGAUCGACCCGAUACUGACGAGAACCGGUGGAGCUUACAUCCCCCCCGCCAAGCUACGCAUGAUGCAGCAGCAAAUCACUGACAAGAGCAGCCUGGCCUAUCAGAGGAUGAGCUGGGAGGCCCUGAAGAAGUCCAUCAACGGUUUGAUCAACAAAGUCAACGUGUCCAACAUUGUCAUGAUCAUCCAGGAGCUGCUGCAGGAGAACAUCGUCAGGGGGAGGGGUCUGCUGGCUCGCUCAGUGCUCCAGGCUCAGGCAGCGUCUCCGAUUUUCACUCACGUUUAUUCUGCCGUCGUUGCCAUUAUCAACUCCAAAUUCCCCCAGAUUGGAGAACUGAUCCUCAAGCGUCUCAUCCUGGCCUUUAGGAGGAGCUACCGCCGCAACCUCAAGCAACAGUGCCUGACAGCCUCAAAGUUUGUGGCUCACCUCAUCAACCAGAACGUGGCCCAUGAGGUUUUGUGUCUGGAGAUGCUCACUCUGCUGCUGGAGCGACCGACUGACGACAGUGUGGAGGUCUCCAUUGCCUUCCUGAAGGAGUGUGGCCUCAAACUGACCGAAGUCUCCCCUCGAGGAAUCAACGCCAUAUUUGAGCGUCUCAGGAACGUCCUCCACGAGUCGGCCAUCGAUAAGAGGGUCCAGUACAUGAUUGAAGUGAUGUUUGCCAUCAGGAAGGACGGUUUCAAAGAUCAUCCGGUGAUCCCAGAAGGCCUGGACCUGGUGGACGAGGAUGACCAGUUCACCCACAUGCUGCCGCUGGACGAUGAGUACAACACUGAGGACAUCCUCAAUGUGUUUAAGAUGGACCCAGACUUCCUGGAGAACGAGGAGAAAUACAAAACCAUUAAAAAAGAUAUCCUGGACGAGGGAAGCAGCGAUUCAGGGGAGGAGGGAGACGGCAGCGACGAAGAUGAAGAGGAUGAAGAUGAGAAUGAGGAGGGGGGAGAAGAUGAGAAGGUCACCAUCUUUGAUAAGACAGAAGUCAACCUGGUUGCUUUCAGAAGAACCAUCUACCUCGCAAUACAGUCCAGUUUGGACUUCGAGGAGUGUGCUCAUAAACUGAUCAAGAUGGACUUUCCUGACAGCCAGACGAAAGAGCUGUGUAACAUGAUCCUGGACUGCUGCGCUCAACAGAGGACCUACGAAAAGUUCUUUGGUCUGCUGGCCGGGAGAUUCUGUCUGCUGAAGAAGGAGUACAUGGAGAGUUUUGAGGGGAUUUUUGCGGAGCAGUACGACACGAUUCACCGACUGGAGACCAACAAACUGAGGAACGUGGCCCGACUGUUCGCUCACCUGCUGUACACGGACUCUGUCCCUUGGAGUGUGUUGGAGUGCAUCAGGAUGAGUGAGGAGACUACAACGUCGUCCAGCAGGAUCUUUGUGAAGAUCCUUUUCCAGGAGCUCUGUGCCUACUUGGGCCUCCCCAAACUCAACCAAAGGCUCAAAGACCAGACUCUGCAGCCGUUCUUUGAAGGUCUCUUUCCUCGUGAUAAUCCCAGAAACACUCGCUUCGCCAUCAACUUCUUCACCUCUAUUGGACUGGGAGGACUAACGGACGAGUUGAGGGAACAUUUGAAGAACGCUCCAAAGAUGAUCAUGACUCAGAACCAAGAAGUGGAAUCCUCUGACUCGUCCUCGUCCUCUUCAUCCUCCUCUUCCUCAUCUGACUCCUCCUCCUCGGACUCCUCCAGCGAAUCAGAUUCAGACUCCUCAGACUCUGACUCCUCCAGCAGCAGCAGCUCAGACUCGGACAACAAACACAGGAAGAAGAAGAAGAGAAAACAACAAAGUGAGGAGAAGAAGAAGAAAGAGAAGGACAAGAAGAAGAAGAAGAAGAAGAAGGAGGACAAACCAACUGACAAGAAGCAAACCAGACACAGGAGCGACAAAGACGGGGAGGAUGACAGUGACGACGAGAAGCAGGCGAGGAAGGACAGGAAAGGCCAUGCACGUGAGGCGGAGGAGCGAGAGCGCGCACGUGAGGGCGCCCGUCGGAACAGACGAGAUGAAAGAGCAGAAGAAGAAGAAGAAGAAGAGCAGCGGAAAGAGGAGGAGAGGAGACGAAAAAUGGACGUUCAAGGCAGGCAAAGGGAUGGAGAGAGGGAGAGAGACAGAGACAGAGACAGAGGGAGGGAAAGAGAAAGAGAGCAAGAGCGACCAAGAGAGAGAGAGAAUGAGGAAAAGAGAGACAGGGAGAGAGAGAGGAACAAAGAGAACAGAGACAGGAACAGAGAGAGAGAGGACAGGAGGAGGAGGUAAAACUCUUCAUCCCUCCGUCCUGAAGCAGCAGUGAUGGACUGAUGACUGACAGACAAGUGAAUCUUUUCCUUCUGUCAUCCCUCCAUUCUCCCCCCUAUCCUGUCACUCUGGUGUUUUGGAUUCAGGUCCCAUCUCUCUCUUCACCUCUCCCUCUCCGUCUGUCUGUAUUUUCUAUUGUUGAUUUUUGUUGUUUAUGAAAUUAGAAAAAAAAAAAACAUUAAAGUUGCUUUACAUGUUUUCUAA